AUGUCGGCAGGUAAUAUAAAUAAAAAAGUAAUCACUAGAGCAAACACUAUUGGAGCUAAUGACGUUCAAAUACAUCAAAAUGGGUAUAAAGUAACAAAUAAUCGCUCAGGAUAUCCAUCUGGAAAUUUAACUGAUGCACUUUCAUAUUAUCCGACUUCUACUAGAUAUGAUUCUCCUAAGCGAACUUCCUUAGAAGACAGAAUUGCUUGGCAAAGUAGUAGAUCACCGACUAGCUCAACAGAAACAUCUAGUUUAAAAUCGCAAUCUCUUAAUAUUGCGGAGAGAAAACAAUUUCAAAAUCAAUUACAACAAGAAUACUUUAAGCAACAGCAGUAUGACCAAAGAAAUGGAAAUAUUAUGAAUGAAAGUAAAGGGUAUGAAAAACAAACUGUAGAAAAUAACAUUAAGCGAAAAGAACAAUUGGUUGAACCUUCAGGAAUGUUGGUUUCCGAAUCUGGGUCUCAUUCUUUACCAUCUGGUGUAGAUACAGUAGAGCAAUCACAACAAGAAAAAUCUCUAAAGGAAAGGUUAUUAUCAGCCCAAAGACGAAAAAAGAAGUACCACUUAGUGGCAUCAAUGUCAGGAUUAUUACAAAAAGCUCGUCGGAAGCAACAAGCCAGCCAUCAGUCAUUAUCAGAUCCUGAAACAUCUGAAACUGAAUGGUCAGGUGGACGAUCGAGUGCCCAAUCGGAAGAUAGUGACAGUGUUUUUUCUGACUCGACACAUGAAGGAAGUAUGUUUCCAAAAGUGGCACCGAAGAUAAAGCAACGAAAAAUAAACAAUCAAGAAAUUGUGGAACAACAGCAAAUGCUUCAAGAACUGCAACAACAAGGAAUGGAAUUUCAACAGGACGAUAGCGAGAAUCUUAUGGAAGAAAAAGAAAAAUUUGCAAAUAAUGUUAUGCCGAGAGAUAAGAGUGAUGACAUAGAGUUUCAUUUUGCUCGUGUAAGUCAAUUGCAAAAAGAACACAUAACUGAAUUGGAAAAGUUAGAUAUUGAUACUGAUAUUUCAAAUAUAGAUCCAUUUGAAGAAGAUUCAAAAGAAGGUAAUCGUUCACCCUCAUCACUAUUCGCAACGGUCGGAGAUGUUAAAAAAGCAGCUAGUAUAUCAGAAGAUGGGUCAAAUGAAAACAAUUCAUCCUACAAUGGAAGUUCACAAGAAUUCGCUGUUUCUAGGGCUUUAGGCAAAUAUCGGCUGCGUAAAUCUUCAUCUGUAUCUGAUGACCAAAUGUCUGACACAUCACCGCCAAAACUGGAAAGUAAUAUAACUGAAGAAACCACAACUGAAAUUACGAAUGUUAAAAGUAGAAGACCGUCAAAAACAAGUCCACCGGAAAUUAUAAGCAGUUCAGUACCAGAGGACACUGCAACAAUUUCGGAGCGGAGUCCUUCUAUUCAGAGCGUACGAGGUUUACCUAUGAAAUUCCAGCCAAGACAUCAACAAAGUUUAGAGAUACCCAACAAACAUGAUGAUGAUGAUAGCAAAAGUACACACUCAUGGAGAAGUGGAUCAAGGGUUUCAUCCAGGCGCCAAAGUACCGAAGAUAGUAUUGAUUCAGAGGACGAAUGGUAUUGUUAUGAAUUAAGAAAACUGGAAGAAAUGGAACAACAGUCUCAAAUUGAACAAGAAAGAGAGAAAACACUCGCAGAAGAGCCUGAAUUUGAGGACGAAAUAGCUACCGAGCCAAAUGAAUUUUUGAAGGAGAAAAUGUCAUAUGUUUUAAGAGAAUUAAAACUUAAAACUGCUUCAAUCAAAGUGAAAUGUGAUGAGGCUCCAACUCAGGAGGUUUGGAAAGAUGUUACUACAUUUCCUGUUAUUGAUGAAAAUGCCCAUGAAAGUGCUGCAGAGGUCGAAAGUGAUGAAGAUAAAUCUUACGCUGACUCUGGUUCGGGAGAAACUUCUGGACCUGAUAGUCCAGUUCAAAGUGGAGAUGAAUAUGAAGAAGAUUAUGACAUGCCAGAAAUAAGCAAGGAACCCACUCCAACAAAUAAGCACGCUCCAACGCAACAGGACGCUCCGGUUGGCAGCAAGUGGAAAUUAUUAAAAGCAUUAAAAGAUCGAAAGGCUGAAGAAAAAACAACCGAAACGCCAGCUGCAACAACUCCAUCUACUGAAAAGGAUAAAGUCAGUGCUGGUAAUGGCACUGGAGGUUUCAACGAGCAAGGUGGUCGCGGCAAUGGGCAUCCCGGAGAUAAUCCCUUUUAUAGUAACAUCGACAGUAUGCCCGAUAUACGACCGAGAAGAAAAUCAAUACCUCUUGUCUCUGAACUUGUUCUCAAGACUAUGGCAGCUACGAAACGGAAUGCUGGAUUGACAUCUGCUGUACAUCGCGCUACGUUGAAUGAUGAGGAAUUGAAAAUGCACGUUUACAAGAAAACUUUACAAGCACUUAUCUAUCCUAUAUCGUCGACAACUCCUCACAACUUUGUCCUAUGGACCGCCACCUCGCCCACUUACUGUUAUGAAUGCGAAGGAUUACUCUGGGGUAUAGCCAGGCAAGGAGUUAGGUGCACAGAAUGUGGAGUGAAGUGCCACGAAAAAUGCAAAGAUUUGCUUAAUGCCGACUGUCUACAGAUGUGUUUCGCAGGGGCUGCUGAGAAGUCUUCAAAACAUGGUGCUGAAGAUAAGGCAAACUCAAUUAUAACAGCAAUGAAGGAAAGAAUGAAGCAGCGCGAACGUGACAAACCAGAAAUAUUCGAGCUAAUCAGACGCGUGUUCAGCAUUGAAACCGAGGGACAUUCCGCACAUAUGAGCACCGUGAAGCAGUCCGUCCUCGAUGGAACUUCGAAAUGGAGUGCGAAGAUCGCCAUCACAGGUUGGAAGAUGCGGACUUUUAACGUCGACCCCGACACUCACAUAGACAGCCUCGAACAGGCCGAGCAAAUCACUAUUGAAGGGACUUCGAAAUGGUCCUGCAAAAUCGCCAUUACAGUUAUCUGCGCACAAGGCUUGAUAGCCAAGGAUAAAAGUGGCACCUCUGACCCGUACGUAACCGUCCAAGUAAGCAAAGUCAAGAAAAGAACUAGAACCAUGCCUCAAGAGCUUAACCCUGUGUGGAAUGAAAAGUUCUACUUCGAAUGUCACAAUUCCUCCGAUCGGAUAAAAGUCCGAGUUUGGGAUGAGGACAAUGACCUAAAGUCUAAACUACGCCAGAAGUUGACGAGAGAGUCCGACGACUUUUUGGGGCAAACUAUAAUUGAGGUUCGAACAUUGUCAGGUGAAAUGGAUGUCUGGUACAAUCUGGAAAAGAGAACUGAUAAGUCUGCUGUGUCAGGAGCCAUUAGACUGCAUAUCAAUGUAGAAAUAAAAGGAGAGGAGAAGGUGGCACCCUAUCAUGUGCAGUAUACUUGUCUUCACGAGAACCUGUUCCACUAUCUUUGUGAAGAAAACGGAGGUGCUGUGACUUUACCCGCUGCGAGAGGUGAUGAUGCUUGGAAGAUAUACUUCAACGAAAUACCCGAGGAAAUUGUGGACGAGUUUGCUAUGAGAUAUGGUAUUGAGGCGAUCUAUCAAGCCAUGACUCAUUUCCACUGUCUCUCUACAAAGUACCUGUGUGCUGGAGUACCGGCCGUGAUGUCAACACUUUUAGCUAAUAUCAACGCAUACUACGCUCAUACCACGGCUUCAUCUGCGGUCUCCGCUUCAGAUAGAUUCGCCGCUUCUAACUUCGGGAAAGAAAAGUUUGUCAAGCUCCUGGAUCAGUUGCACAAUUCCCUUCGCAUCGAUCUUUCUAUGUAUAGAAAUAACUUUCCCGCUUCGAGCGCUGAGAAGCUUAUGGAUCUUAAGUCGACUGUGGAUCUACUUACUAGCAUCACGUUCUUUAGGAUGAAGGUACAAGAACUCAGCAGUCCACCUCGCGCCAGUACAGUCGUCAAGGAUUGCGUGAAGGCUUGUCUUAGAUCAACAUAUCAAUUCCUAUUUGAAAACUGUUAUGAACUUUACAACAGAGAAUUUCAGGUGGAUCCCAACGAAGCUAAACGAGAUCCGUCCGAUCAUGGGCCUCAAUUGGAUUCAGUAGACUUCUGGCAUAAGCUAAUAGCACUUAUCGUGUCAGUCAUAGAGGAGGAUAGAAACAGCUACGCUCCAGUGCUGAACCAAUUCCCUCAAGAACUGAACAUCGGACAGUUGUCAGCAGCAACGAUGUGGUCACUAUUCGCUGUGGAUAUGAAAUAUGCACUUGAGGAACACGAACAGCAUCGGCUCUGCAAGUCUUCCGCUUAUAUGAAUUUACAUUUCAAGGUUAAGUGGCUUCAUACUAACUAUGUGAAAGACGUACCUCCAUACUGUGGCGCAGUGCCGGAGUACCCAGCUUGGUUCGAACCCUUCGUUAUGCAGUGGCUCAAUGAAAACGAUGAUGUCUCUUUGGAGUAUCUCAACGGUGCUUUCAAUAGAGAUAAACGGGACGGGUUCCAAAAAUCAAGUGAACACGCCCUGUUCAGUAACUCAGUUGUCGAUGUGUUCACUCAACUAACGCAAUGCUUCGAUGUGGUAUCAAAACUUGAAUGCCCAGAUCCUGAGAUCUUGAAGCGUUAUAUGAAAAGAUUUGCAAAGACAAUUGUCAAAGUUUUGGUUGCGUAUGCUGAUAUCGUUAAAAAGGAAUUCCCUGAGCAUUUGAAAGAAGAAAGAGUGGCUUGUAUUCUUAUGAACAACAUUCAACAACUGAGAGUUCAAUUAGAGAAAAUGUUUGAAGCGAUGGGCGGAACUAAUCUGGAACGUGAUGCAGCCGAUAUCCUCAAUGACUUGCAAGCAAGCCUGAAUAGCACUUUGGAUGAGCUAGCUUCAAUGUUUGCUAACAGUUUGGAAACCCGCAUUACGGCAAGUGUUAAGGAACUGGGUGAGUUACUUCAGAAAGUUGGAGGAGGAACUACUGUACCCGGAGCCCCACCACCACCAGCUCACCACGAAGCAGACGAAGUUCUGCGACCACUUAUGGAUAUAUUGGAUGGCUCACUUACAAUGUAUGCGGAAUCGUGCGAGAAGACAGUGCUCAAGAGACUUCUAAAAGAGUUGUGGAAGAUUGUUAUGAAAAUACUUGAAAAGACUGUUGUUCUCCCUCCAAUGACUGAUAAGACGAUGAUGUUGAAGAAUCUUACAAACAAUGCGAAGAAUUUAGCUGCGAAUGCAAAGAUUGAGGAUAUGACUCAACUAUUCAAGAGCACGGUCGGUAAACAGGAUGUCAAACAUGCACUUUCAGGUGUCAUGGAUAUUUCGAAGGAACAUCUAUCAGCCGAAAAGAGUCUCACACCGAAGCAAUGUGGAGUCUUAGAUGCUGCUCUUGAUACGAUCAAGCUAUACUUCCACGCGGGUGGGAACGGUUUGAAGAAAACUUUCUUGGAGAAAAGUCCUGAGUUGCAAUCUCUGAGAUACGCUCUUAGUCUAUAUACACAGACUACUGACACUUUGAUCAGAACGUUUGUUACUAGCCAGCAAAAUCAAGACGCGGCGGUCGCUGAAGAAGGCAGUGUUGGUGAGGUAUCGCUCCAAGUAGACCUCUUCACACAUCCAGGCACUGGUGAACACAAAAUCACUGUCAAAGUGGUUGCUGCCAAUGAUCUCAAGUGGGUGAUCGCUAGUGGUAUGUUCCGUCCCUUCAUCGAGGUGAACCUGAUUGGACCUCAUCUCGCAGACAAGAAGAGGAAAUUCGCCACCAAAUCUAAGAGCAACAACUGGAGUCCAAAGUUCAAUGAGACUUUCCAUUUCAUGGUGAGUGCGACGGAGCAGUUGGAACUGUUUGAGCUUCACGUCUGCGUUAGAGAUUACUGCUUCGCGCGAGAAGACCGGCUGGUCGGAGUCGCUGUCAUGAGACUGGCGGAUAUAGCGGAACAGGGAUCAUGUGCCUGCUGGCUGCCUCUUGGCACACGAGUCAAGAUGGAUGAAACUGGAUGGACGAUACUAAGGAUCUUAUCACAGAGACACAGUGAUGAGGUCGCUAGGGAGUUCGUUAAGCUCAAAUCAGAAAUGAGAGCUGAAGCACCAACCGGUAGCCAAGGACCCUCGUGA